AUGGAGGGGCAGGAGCCGGGGCGGCUCCCAGCAGGAGUCCUUCAGCUGGUGCAGGCUGGCACGGGCGGGGCGUCCCCAGCCUGGCCGGCCCCACGGCCAGUCAAGCUGCAGCUGCGGGAGGAGCCGGUGCAGCGCUGGGAGAUCCAGGGGCAGGAGGUGAAGCAGGCCACGCAGCCCCCUUCUCUGCCCGAGCUGCCCUCGGAGACCCCCCCGCCGGCACCGGGGCACGACCUCCCCGCCCCGCACGCCUGGCGCCAGCGCUUCCGGGGCCUCCGCUACCGGGAAGGCGCGGGGCCGCGGGAGGUGUGCGGCCGGCUGCGGGAGCUGGCCCAGCGCUGGCUGGAGCCCCAGCGCCGCAGCAAGGAGCAGAUGCUGGAGCUGGUGGUGCUGGAGCAGUUCCUGGCCAUCCUGCCCCGGGAGACGCGGAGCUGGGAGUGGGGGCGCGGCGUGGAGACCUGCGCCCAGGCCGUGGCCCUGGCCGAGGGGGUUCAGCUGGGGCAGGAGGAGGACGAGACGCUCCAGGUCACAGCGCACGUGAAGAUCGAGGAGGUGUCGUCAGACAAGAUGCAGCCUUCAGGGGCAUUGCAGGACCCUGGUGGUUGCUGGCUGGAGCAACCAAAGGCCCAUCUUGCAGACAGGCCUCUGGAGGAGGCAGGACAGAGGGAAAUUUCAGGACCCCAGGACCAGCUGCCUUAUGUUCUCCAAGACGAGCCUCUGCCCCACCAGGAGACAGGUUCCCCCAACACCAGGGAGACCUGGGACUGGUCAGCAGGUGAAAGCUCAUCAGGCUGGUGCCCUGGACAAGGCCCUUCCCCAGUGGCAGCAGGUGCCGAAACCCUGAGCAGAGCUGAUCAGCAGCCUCCUAAGGAAGGGCCUGUGAACCUGGAGUUGAAGAAGGAUUCCCCAGGGAGACUGGGAGAGAGGGGCUCCCUGACACCUGAGCUGGGCCAAGUGCGGAAGGGGCAGGGCAGACCGUCAAAGCCAGGGGAGAGCUUGGAGCUCCAGGAGGUGUUUGAGGACGUGGCUGUGUGUUUCACCCGGGAGGAGUGGGAGCUGCUGGAAGAUGACGACAAGGUGCUUUACCGGGACCAGAUGCUGAGGAAUUACCAAGCCCUCGCUUCCCUGGGAUAUCGAGGUCCCACGCCUGACUUAAUCUGCCGCAUCCAGCAAGGAGAAGUGGAGCUCUGGGUGUGUGAGGAUGAGGACGGUGGGGAAAUCCCAAGGUCGGAGGACCUGCUGCCAGGAGGUGCCUGGCUGCUGAGCGGAGCUGAGGAGCAGCCUCCUGCGGGAGGGCCUGCAGACCUGGAGCCACCAUGGACUUCCCCAGGGGGUUUGGGGAAGAUGGACUCCCUAAGACCUGAGAAGGACAAAUGGCACCAGAGUCAGGGGAGGCCUCAAAAGGAAAAAGAAAACGUAGCAGUUAAUCAGGCACCAUCUGAAGUUGGAUGUGAGAGUGGAAAAGGGACAGACCCCAAAAAGAACCCUGGGUGCAGGGAAAAAAUUGUGGAUCAUCCCUCCAACCUGGCCAGACACAAGUGCAUGCACGCAAGGGAGAAGCCACAUCAGUGCUCUGAGUGUGGGAAGAGCUUUACCCAGUCUUUCAACCUUGCCCAGCACCAGCGCAUCCACAGAGGGGAGAAGCCACAUCGGUGCUCUGAGUGUGGGAAGAGAUUCACCCGCUCCUCCCACCUGUCCCAGCACCAGCGCAUCCACAGAGGGGAGAGGCCACAUCAGUGCCCUGAAUGUGGGAAGAGCUUCACCUACUCCUCUGGCCUGGCCCAGCACCUGCGCAUCCACACAGGGGAGAAGCCACAUCAGUGCUCUGAGUGUGGAAAAAGCUUCACCUACUCCUCCAGCCUGGCCCGGCACCAGUUUAUCCACACAGGGGAGAAGCCACAUCAGUGCUUGGAGUGUGGAAAAAGCUUUACCCGCUUCUCCCGCCUGGUUGAGCACCAGCGCAUUCACAGGCAGGAAAAUCCACAUCAGUGCUCUGUGUGUGGGAAGAGCUUCACCCAGUCCUCCACCCUGGCCCUGCACCAGCGCAUCCAUACAGGGGAAAAGCCACAUCAGUGCGCUAUGUGUGGGAAAAGCUUCAUCCACUCCUCCAGCCUGACCCGGCACCGACGCAUCCACACAUGAGAGCAUCCAUAAUUCUGGCAGCAGUACACGAAGGGCUUGGGGAUGUCUGCUUUGCUCACCACCCACCAGUGGCUGCAAUCAGCCAAGCAGCCUCAUGCUGGUAUACUGCAGAAAGAGUUUACCAAGCCUUUGGCCCUUGUAGGGCAUAAUAGUGUCAUCUGGGGUUGUUAGACAGGAGCUGGACUGUUCUCAGUGGUGACAGAUGACAGAACAAGGAGCAGUUGUCUCAAGUUGCAGCAAGGGAGGUUUAGGUUAGAUAUUAGGAAAAAACUUUCUUACUAGAAAGGUGGUGAAGCACUGGAAUAGGUUACCUAGAGGGGUGGUGGAAGCUCCAUCCUUGGAGGUUUUUAAGGCCUGGCUUGACAAAGCCUUGGCUUGAAUGAUGUAGUUGGGGCUGGUCCUGCUUUGAACAGGGGGUUGGACUAGAUGUGACCUCCUGAGGUCCCUUCCCACCCUCAUUGUCUAUGGUUCUAUGAUCAGUGUCAUGGUUGCUGUUGUCCUUGUCAGGUGUUCUUGACGUGCUAUCAGGGGUGAAGUCUCAGGAACUGUGGUGCUCUCAAAGUCACAGCCAGGAUAUCCCAAUACUAAUCUUGUCUUAAAGAGUAACCACAGGCUCAGCUCGGCUAGGUUUAUUCUCUAGAAACAGAGCCCUAACUCAUUUUGUCCUAGCAAGUACAUCAAACCAGGAGCCAAGGCAUUUGUACCUGUGACCCAGCACACCACACAGACUCUCCUAGGCUGCUGCAAAUUUUCCUGCUUUCUGACUCUCCUUUUAUAUAACGAUUAAAACAAAUUACAUAUUGCAUUCCAUCUGUAUUGUGAAUGUCUUAAACUGUCCUGUACUGUGGGCUUAUUUCAAGUUCUGACCUGUGUUCCCAUUCCCGGUGCUCCUGGCCCAGCCUUAUCCUCAUACUGGACUAUCUUACCAUAUACCAUCAUCUCCCAUUCCCACCUUUUGGCAGGAGUGCACAUCCUGCCCAUCUGCCACUUUUAUUUAGGUGAGGAGUUCAUGCGUCGGUUAGGUUUGCUGGGGGAGGCCUACUUUGGCCCGUACUUUUGCAAAGCCUUUGUGUGAGCAGCAUAUAUUGAUUAAUGCCACAACAAGGCCCAAAAGCAAAAUGGAAAAGACCCAGAGGCUGGCCCCCAAGGUUUGAUGGUGGGGAGAGGCUCAGAGGAAACACCUCAAGCACAGGCCAGUCCUGAUGCAGGGGAACCUAUAAGGAGACAACAGCCUGCAUCAGCCUGUGCAUUCCCCAUCAUUCUCUAAAAGCAGCCAGGGCUCCCAAGAGGAGAAGCAGUGCCUUCACAAUAGGUGCCCUCCCCAAGACAACUGGCUCCAAAUUCCACCCAGGGACUGUCCUUGGCCACCUCCCAGCUUCAUCCUCCCCCCUGGUCCCAGGGUCAUGGGAUGCGAGGCUCUGAAGUUGCAGGAAAGAGGACAUUUAUGGCUGGUGAAGCAUCCCUGCCCUCCACCCUGACCUUGCCUUUUCUCAUCACCACAUCACUCCUGUCCCAGGCUUUCUCAUGCUCAUCAGGGUGCAAGGAGCUGCUACUGUCACCAAUUUGGUAGGUUUUGCUUCUCGGGCUCUCUCCUGAACUCUGCACCACUGUGUGCCUGGUGCUUCCCCUGUCCUUCCUCCUUUCAUUGCAUUCUCUGUAAUGUAUUUUCUGCUAAUAAAGACCCAGAGCUGA